AUGGCGUCCAGUCAGGGAGGUGUGGGAGCUGUCACGGCUCUACAAAGCCAUCACUACUCCAGCGGACCUCACUGGAGCCCGGGCGUCAGCCAGUACCAGCACCAGCAGCAGCACCACACGGCCCGCAGCCUGGACCGGGCUCUGGAGGAUGCCGUGUGCUCGGGGAUACUGAACCUGAGCGGUAGGAAGCUGAGGGAGUACCCCGGGAUGAGCUACGAUCUGACCGAUACGACACAAGCAGAUUUGUCCAAGAAUCGCCUCACAGAAAUCCCUCCAGAAGUGUGUCUGUUCGCCCCCCUCGAGUCGCUCAACCUGUACCACAACUGCAUCAAGUGCAUCCCUGAAGCCAUUAUCAAUCUGCAGAUGCUGACUUAUCUUGACAUCAGCCGAAAUCUCCUGUCGGUUUUGCCAAAAUACUUGUUCAGCCUCCCCCUCAAAGUUCUGCUUGUGAGCAACAACAAGCUGGUGUCCAUCCCCGAGGAGAUCGGCAAGGCCAAAGAGUUGAUGGAGCUGGACGUGAGCUGUAAUGAGAUCCAGGUGCUGCCAGCUCAGGUGGGGAGGCUCCACGCCUUACGAGAACUCAACAUCAGGAAGAAUUGUCUUCACAUGCUGCCUGAGGAGUUGGCUGAUCUGCCUCUCAUCCGACUUGACUUUUCCUGCAAUAAGAUCACAGAGAUUCCUGCAGCGUACAGGAAGCUCAGGCAGCUGCAGCACAUCAUCCUAGACAACAAUCCUAUGCAGUCUCCACCCGCACAGAUUUGUCUCAAGGGCAAAGUGCACAUAUUCAAGUACCUGAACAUCCAGGCGUGUAGGAUGGACAAGAAGCCGGACACCCUUGACCUCCCCUCCCUUGGCAAACGUUGCCUCCCACAGCCUCUUACAGAUAGCAUGGAAGAUUUUUAUCCCAGCAAGAACCACGGUCCUGACUCUGGAAUUGGUAGUGACAAUGGUGACAAGAGGCUUUCCACAACUGAGCCUUCAGACGACGACACCGUCAGCCUGCACUCUCAGGUGUCAGAGACGGCCCGUGCCGAUGCCCUCUCACUCCUCUCCAAAAUGGACUCUUGCAAAGAUCAGGAUCUCUAUGACUUUAUAGAGCCAAACCCGGAUGAGGAUCCUGCUCUGUCAGAGUGUGAUGGGCAGCAGAGCAGUCAUGUGUCUUGUAUAAAGGAAUUGGAGAAAGUUCUAAACAUGUCUCACCAAGGCAAAGAUAAAGAGAGCUGGAAAGAGGAGUCAGGCUCUGAUAAGGAGCAGCUAGUCGAGGAAGAGGAUGACGAGCUGAAGGAAGUGCUGGAUCUGAGGAAGAUUGCCGUUCAGCUUUUGCAGCAGGAGCAGCAGAACAGACGACGGUCCUUAAUUUGCAGAGCAGAGAGUCUUAUUCACCGACGGAGAGUGACUGGAAGGGCGCACAGAUUCCUGAGUCACUCUGGAGGCUCCAGCGGCAAACCGAGGCCCCCGCCUCAGACAGCUCGCAGUGCAUCUCUGGAUGAGGGAAGCAGUGGAGCAUCAGUGCUGAGUGGUCAGCCUCCUUCUUCCUGCUCCUUUGACGGCAGCCUGAAGACAGAUCAGUCAGAUUCAGAGCCAAAGUGGCCCGAAGUCCCACCUGUCCUCAAUCAGAACGAAGAUCGCAGGAGGAACAAGUACCUGAGAAAAGAUUAUCUGAAGUAUAAGUGUCAGAGCGCCCGGAAAAAUUCUGGUGGAAAUGACGACUGUGAGGAGGGCUUGCGGAGCGCUGACUUCAGCACCACUCUGACGGUGUUUGGGCUAAAGCCAAGAUCAGCUUUCACCAGAGGAAGCCGUCAGGAGUACACCUCCACAGACCCCAGCUUCACCAUGAGGAGGAAGAUGGAGCACUUGAGAGAGGAAAUGGAACAGAUAGGACUCUUACGGCAGAACAUUGAGUCCAGACUCAAAGUGUUGCUCCCGGACGAUGUCGGAGCUGCUCUGAUGGACGGGGUUGUUCUUUGCCAUUUAGCCAAUCACAUUUGUCCACGGUCUGUCGCCAGCAUCCACGUGCCGUCUCCCGCAGUGCCAAAGCUUAGCAUGGCCAAAUGCCGCAGGAAUGUGGAGAACUUCUUGGAUGCCUGUAAGAAGAUGGGUGUCCCACAGGACAAGCUUUGUCUGCCCCAUCACAUCCUCGAAGAGCGCGGUCUGGUGAAGGUGGGUGUGACUGUCCAGGCUCUGCUGGAUCUGCCUCCGUUGAAGCCCACACAGCUGUCAGCUGUUUGACACGAGCCCGAAUCCUGCGUCCGGCCUGCAGUCAUCUGGCCGACCCCUCUCCCCAGCCCGAACCCACACCCCAUCCCCAGGGACCAGAGAGCCCCUCGGGCGAGGACCCCGCGGCCGAUGGGUCCUUGGGAGUCUGCCUCUGCCUGACUGAAACAGGAGACAGGAGGAAGGUACACCUCCGUCUCUUUAUAUGAUGUCAGCCGCCACCCACUUCCUGUCCAUCACAUUUUCUCUUGUAUCCUGUUCCUAGCCGCUGGGGGUCAUCUUGUAUGUGUGUGGACUAGCAAUGUGACUGUGUGUUUCCUGUGUGAGCUGCACACUUUGGACUUGCCAAGGAGAGACAGACAAGACAAUGGGUCUGUAAGAGGACCUCUACCCUCUCGACAUGCUCGGUGACUAUUGAGCCUGCGAGUGCCAGCGCUGACAACAUUUCCAUGCUGGUGUUGGAGACAUAGGCAGUGAGGAGAUGACUGACAUGGAACUCACUCUUCCACUGAAGAGACCUAAGCUGCACGCUGGCCCCGCAGCCGCCAACCACUGACUGACCUCAAGGGGUUCCUACACCUUUGAGUUUCUCUCCUUUUUGUGGAAUUUAUUUUUCCCAUGAAAAUUCAUUUUUGAAUUUAUUGUAUAGAGUUCUGUUUUUUACACGGUUUGCAUCAGGUCCGUACUGUAUCCUCUUUUCAGCGCCCAGACCUGAUCCAAACUUGAUUUUGCAAAGUAUUGCAUUUGAGCAAUCACGUGUGCACUGCUUGUUGAGGGAGAGAGCGAGGCUUGUUCUGCCUUCCGUUUUCCCUCAAACACCGUUGUGGUUUCGACAUGUUUCAAUUACUGUACAAAUCAUUUGCAACUGCAGACCGAAGUUCCUUCUCAAUACAAACCUGCAUGCACCAGGGGAAAGUGACAUCUGACCACUGUGAGAACACGUGCUCGGCUGUUGCCAAAAGCACGACGGUCCUGUUUUGUAGCAUUAUUUUCAUCGUGCGUGCUUUUGAAAAAUAUUCCGUAUUCUAACUUUUCUAAAGCUUUUAUACUUUCUUCCCAGUCAUUGCCAACUAUCACCCGCUGUGUCUGUGGAGUUCAACAUGGAGGUUUGCCAUGUUUUAUGCCAUGCCAUAACCUCAGAUGAAACAUGUUUAUACUGUAUGCAUUUGUGAGUGGAGGGUGAGUGAACGACCUCUGGAUCUGAAAAGGGUUCAGUGCUGCUCAGAGGCAACCACUUGUGCAAACCUCCCACACUUGGCACGGUCUUAUCUGACUGCCAGGCCACCCUGCUGGACUGUACGUGCUUUCUGAUACAGCUCAUUAUUUCAGGGAAAUGAAAUUAUUUAUGUAUUUAUUCAUUUGUUGUAUAUUUAUAUGUCGUUGCUUUGUGUAUCCUAGCCCCUGACUCGCCGUUCCACUGAACGUUUAGAUCGCACAUGUGCUUUUCGCAUGUUCCUGUCCACGUAAUGACUGAAUGAAGCAGGAAGUGUUAUUUAAGAUGCAUUAGUGACAGCUGUAUUUGGAAUUGGUUGUUCAUACCAGUUGUUAACAGACACACUGACAGAGUUGGCUGCAUAAAAGAUACCUGCGUAACAGAGGCUUGGUUCCAUGGAAAACAUUAUGCAAGAGUUGAUCAUGCUCACAAUGGCUUUAGGGUGGAAAUUCAAGUUAUGGGACAGUUUAACUAAAUGGUCAUCCCCUAAUAAAGUCGCACCUUGAUUGCUUUAAAGGUUUAUGUAUUGAUUCUAUGUUAUUAGUCUAUUAGUUAUGGAUUAUUAUUUCUGCAGGGGAAUAACAGUCUCCUUGUCAGCUGGUUGGCAUGUUCAUCUUGACUUUUGACUCAUGCCGCUGCGGUGCACCAUUUUUUUUAAAUCCAACAUGAGAAAUAAAAGUGAAAUAGUUGAAAUUGAAGUAAAGCACAUUCUCUGUUAAUUACAGACAUCACAAGUCAAAAUACUGACCGUCAGUUUUGCUUGGAGAACUUGAAAAGACGUUCUGUCUUUCACUGCACUGACUUGUAGACAGUAGAGACAGUACACUGUGUUUGAAAAUGCUCCAGCUGAGGAUUUCAUGACCCGUAUUAACCUCCACCAGUCACCCGUUGAUAUGACAAUAAUUAAACGAGCUUCGGCUAUCGCAAAGGCUUUGCAAGUGUAUUUGACCCAUGUUUACAACAGAAGCAAACUGGAACGGCGGUUAGAUCAGAGUCACAGCAAAUCGUAACAGCAGUGCUUAAAGCCACUUUAUCGUGUUGAAAGUCCACAGUGUUGUAACAUCUAAAAUCAUGACAUGUUGUGCCUUAAAGGAGGGACAAUCUUCAGUCUUUCUUCAGUCUCAUAUUUAAAAUUUCACUUCAUUUUUCAGUAGAUUUUGUGAGACAUAAUCAGCUUCUCUGCUGAUGAGCUGGCUGCCCCACUGGAGGAGAACUAAGUUAGAGCUCAGUGGUCCAUGUUAAACAGCUGUGUGGCAUACAGUCCAUAGACAGUCCUCUGGAGGUUCAGGCGUCACCUGUGUAUCACAUGACAUUAUGCUGUUCCAGAGAAACUCUGCUUCCUCUGAAUGGGAUGCAUUAACUGGUUUUGUGCUAUCAUUUUCCAAAGACGAGAUGCUGCAGAGAUAGAAAGAAGUACAGGGUGCUUUCUUUACGGUCCCGAUUUCUAUGAACGCCAUCAGUGUGCUGCUCGUGCUGCUGCAGACACAUCAUCCUUUGUGCUCCUGGCUUAUUUAUCAAACAAGCAGCUUUUUUUAAGGAUAGACACACGAAUUGUGCAACAUUUGGCUGUAUCUUAGAACAGCAUCUACUGAACAUACUGGCUGCAUUUAUCAGCAUGUAGCAUGUCUAUUUAUCAUGAAAGCUGGUGCAAAAUCUGAAAUGUGAACUCACAAGUGUAGCCCACAGCUCUAUGUUAGAAUUAUACACAGCUGGCUGCCAAUAUCUGAGCAACGUGAGUCACACAGCAAAGGCAUAAUCACUGAAGGUAGCAGGGUGGCUUCUCACCAACUUUGUCUACCUAUGAUUACAGGUUUCGAGACAAUGAGGAAAUUGAAAUGAUGUGUAGCCUACUUCAGGUUUGCUGUGUCUUAUUCCGGAUGCCUAAAAAUGAUGUUUUAUCCCCUUCGCUAACAACGUCUGUGUGUAUGCACUGCUGCCUCGUAUGUUACUGCACACAUUCAAUCGUCUUGGGUCUUCCAAAUGACUCUCAGUUACUCUGUGUUUUAUGUUUAUUCUCUGCGGUGGAAACGUUGGGAUCGAGUUUUAAUUCGGAUGCAUUUUCAUGAUGCCAGCGCCGACUGAAGCUCGGCCCAAAAGGGACAGAAAGUCACACUGCAAAGGGGAUAUUUUGUGGCUUAAUCAUCACAUGUGGUAACUGCUGCGGUUUAUAGUUGGCAUUAAAGUAGAUUUUCAGAUAUAUGUGAAUCAUAAGGCAAGGGAGAAGCGGCACACACAGCUUGAAAUUCUCUCUCUGAACCAUCCGAAUUAAGUAUUACCACCUAUUGAAGCCAGAAUGACUGUAAGCCUACCUGUAGCUGCUAUUAUCUUCAUAAAAUGUAAACACAGGGUAGUUUCAUGACCCAAUUUUUCCACGAGGUGUGGCAACUUCACCCUGAAAUAGUUCAAACCACCGCACAUCCUGAAAUCUCUUAUUUUGUUGCUGGUGGAUGUGCACCACAUGAUUCAUCCCUUAUGUGGAUUUUUUCUCCUGUUACGCCUGGACAUGUAGCAUCGCUCUUUGUGUAUUCAUGUGAAUAUCGUGCAGCUUCUCUAUCUCCUGCUGUCCCGUGUUGAUUCUUUGUAAUUACCUUUAACAUUGAAGUUACAAACAUGCCGGUUCAAGCAUGCUGCGGGCGAACAAGUGCUCAAGUUCUAAUUAACCUGUAAUGUACACACCUAUGUGUAACUCUGAUGCAGCGCGAUGGCUUCCGCGUCCUUCCUUUUAUGUCUGUGUGAUUCAGCGCCUCAGGAGGAUAGUUGUAGCUUGAAGGUGAGCUGAUACAUACACGUUAUCUGAGGAGAUCAGAGCUGUGACUUUUGUGUGCCAUAUCCUGAACCCUUUCAUCGCAGCUGUCAUUGUUUUAACAAAAAGCAUUACCAUGGCCACUAUCAGCAGUGUACAGGAUUCCUACCAAUGGACUCCUCUCACAGCUGAUAGGCUUCAGCAGCCUGAGCCAGACAGUUCAGUUGGGUAUCUUGUAGAUUUACAGUUGUUUUUGAAAUUUCCUCCUUUGUUGAACUUUGGCAGCGGAAUAGUAACACAAAGAGGGAGUUUGUCUAACUUAGGCUGCUGAAACCUCUGGCUGAAGUUUUUUUUUUACAGGCUUUUUUUUGUUGGAUUUUGCCCCCCUGUCUCUUAACACUGGAAUCACAUCAAAAAUUGAUUUCUUCAGGGCCUGGAGGAAUGAUUGCAGCGAUCGAUAACUCUCUCAACAUCCAUACAGGCAUGUUAGUAAGACAGACUGGAAAAAAAUGUGAACUCAUCCUUUAAAAGUUUGCUCUGUUUGGAGGAGGUGGAAAUCAUAAUGUAUGUGAAUCUUCUAUUGAUCAAAAGGUUGUAUUUUUUUUUUUAUUUGUGUGUGUGAGCAUAGUGUUUUACCUCAAGAACAGGUCUAUCCAGUUCUUUAUUAUGUGGUUAUUCUGUUUUACAGAUCCGACUAAUAAAUAGGUUUGAUGGAAGGUGUUUUAUGGGGCCUGGGAGCAAGUUUGCGUGUUCUUUUAAGUGACACUCCCUUUACCACAACUGCAGCAAAAUGUAAUAAACAUAUGCAUUCUGGAAAAGUCGGUUAUUUUCCACAGAUACUUUAGAGGUGCUGAUCAAUAUCACAAUGUGUGCUUCACCGCAACUGUUUUCUGCACUAAUUACACCUUUAAUUGGUUCUCGUGUCAGGACGGUGAUCAGAAUUUUGCUUGAUAUGAUCUAACACUUGUCAUCUCAUCCAAAGAAAACGGUGAAACAGUGAGUCAUGUCUAUAUACUACACUGCCAAGAAAAUUCAAACUUAUGUACAGAAGUUUUUUGUAUUUUGAAACAAGUCAAAUGCAUGCAAGAAAUACUGAAUGGCUGAAGCUGACCCUCUGUACAUAUCAUCUGUAUAAAUUCCAGGGAUUUCUUAAAAAACAAACAAAUGUGGUCAAUAUCAAAUAAAGUCAAAUUCUUUGCA